AAAACAAACGUCUUGGAGACCUUGAAGAAACUUUGACGUUCUAUUUUCUAACAUGUAAAGAAUAUUGUUUUUUAGCAGUAUUCGUUAAUUGCAGAGUUUAGUUGACCAUCUGAAGACAAUGCCCUCAGAAAAUGUGAAUGAUUGAAGGGCGAAAUGAUAAGAUGCAGCAUCGUGAGUUGACAGUAUGGUGUACAUUUAGAUGAUGGAGGGAAUUAUAUAAUUAUAUCAUAAGAUAGUUUUAUUAAAUAUUUGCUGAGAGAAAAUGGAUGAAUUGAUGGAGACAUUUUGUUCAAGAGAAAGGGACGUUACAGGCUCUUACAUGCGAGGUGGUUUAGAUAUCAGAUGCACAGCAUCAAAACAGAAGCUUCAAGGUUGUACGAAAAACCUCCUUCAGUUUCAACAGUUUUGCUGUGAAUAUUUCAAUGACGACUUAAUUAGAUCAGCAGAUUUAAAGUCUGAUUAUUUCAAUGACGAUUUACUGAGAUCAACAGUGUUUAAGUCUGAUGGAAUGGUUAAAGAAUACUUAGAUAAAACGAUUAACUAUAAAGUAGUGAAUCCGUAUGCAAAGGUCCCUAUGUCUUUCAAAUCCAACCCAAUCUGUAAUAUACUCAAGACAAGCCAGUCUGAGAAAUCAUUGUGUGAUAGUAUUAGUGAUCUACUAGAUCAAACAGAAUUUGCUCAAAAUUAUUCAAUGUUCAAUAUAAUGAAUUGGGCCACAGUAAAUAAACGCUACACCAACAGAAAUCAGUUUCAAAGCACCAACGAACAUUCAAUCUUUGAUAGUUUAGUUCAAGACAUUGCCAGUAGGUUAAGUGUACUUGCUGACAGCAAUGAUUCAAUAAUGGAAACCCCAAAAUGUUCGCCUGAACAUUUUGUGAAUGACCGGCCUUCAAUUACUUUAAAAGAAAAAUGUCAAUUUUCUGUCAAAAGUUAUGAGAAACUCGAAGCAAUAAACAGAUUUCAAUAUGAAAUAUUUCAACAGGAGAUCAAUGCAAUAGAAAGUGGUAUCAAUGUUAAACUUGAACAAGACAUACCAUUGUCAGUAAUAUGUGAUCCAAAUGAAAUGGAGAAAAUGGAGAGCCAGAUUGCAAUCAAUAAUGUGCAUUCUAUGACUUCCCCUAGUGUAUCAACUUCAAGAAUGAAGAUACCAGCGGUAUUGUCAAGAUUUGUGUCAGUCUGCAAGGCAGAGGAGAAAUCAAUAGGAGAUAAAGUCAAUUACACCGGACAGUCACUUGAAAGUACUGGCAACAGCAGAAAUAUUGCCACAACUUCCACCAAUACAUUUGAUGAUGAUGGUGGUGUUGUCAGCAACAACAGCAACAACAAUGGUGAACACUAUCACCAUGAGGAACACCAUAUCAAUGAAAAGGUAUCGAACAAGAACAAGAUAAUCACAUCCUUCAUAGCCGGGGGCCUGGCAGGGGCCAUAGCCAAGACAACGAUAGCUCCUUUGGACAGGACAAAGAUCAACUUUCAAACAUCAGAGAAGAAGUUUUCACCAAAGAAAGCACUCGAGUUCAUCAAAAAGACGUAUAACAAUGAAGGGUUCCGAGCUCUGUGGCGUGGGAACUCAGCGACUAUGGUCCGCAUUGUUCCGUACGCCGCCAUCCAGUACACUGCCCACGAGCAGUAUAAAAUGUUGCUUAAAACUGACAUCAGGAAAAAACAUCUACCUCCAGUACGACGAGCCCUAGCUGGGUCAAUGGCCGGUGUAUCUGCCACUAGUCUUACAUAUCCACUUGACUUUGCCAGGGCACGAAUGGCUGUCACUGCAAAAUCCAAAUAUGGUAACAUAGUCACAGUGUUUACAGCAGUAUGGAAAGAGGAGGGAUGGCGAAUUGUAAUGCGGGGGUAUACACCAACUGUGAUAGGCUCUUGCAUCUAUUCAGGAAUCAGUUUCUUCACCUAUGAAACGCUGAAGAAAGAGCAUGCCAGUUAUUCUAAGGGGGUGGAUCCAACGCCGUUCACUCGCUGGUGUUUUGGGGCGUGUGCCGGCAUCCUGGGUCAGUGCACAUCUUACCCCCUAGACAUUGUACGCAGAAGAAUGCAAACUGCCGGGGUAACUGGUCACUCCUUAGACUACACCACGAUCCUGGGAACGGCACGCAGGGUCUACCAAAGGGAGGGUAUCAAGGGCGGACUGUAUAAAGGCUUGUCUAUGAAUUGGAUAAAGGGCCCUGUAUCCGCAGGCAUUAGCUUCAUGGUGUUCGAAACGGUUCAGCGCUGGUUAAGAAAGUGGCCAGUGUUCCAUAUAAAUGAGGACUGAUUUGAUAUGACAGCUUUAAAUAUGGAAAGUUUAACGCCCCUGAGGAAAAUUUACUGUUGAUUAGCGUUGUGGUGUUUGAAACAGUUCAGUGCUGGUUAAGAAAGUGGCCAGUGUUUCAUAUUAAUGAGGACUGAUUUGAUAUGAUGGUUUCAAAGAUGGAAGGUUUUAUGCCCCAAAAGGAAAUUUACAGUUGAUUUGAAACUGUUAUAUGAGAAAGUUGCCCCUAUUUCUAUUGAGGACAGAUAUGAUUGGACAGCUUUAAAGAUGGACAGUUUUAAAAAUUCACAGUUGACUCAGAUGUGUUUCCGAAGCUGUUCAAUGCUGAUUGAGAAAAUGGCAGGUGUUUCAUAAUAGAUGAUUACUGUGAUUAAAGAACUAUGAAAGACCAGGGGUCAUGUUUACGACCCAUGCUCAAGUCUGAUUUCAGACUCAGAAAAAGACAUAACUUAUGUUACAUUUUAUUACACAACUUGUGUAAACAAUGAAAAUACUUUGGAAAGGUAAUAAAUUUAUCAUAUGCAUAAUAAUGCACUGCUAGAAAAAAGAGUUAAAAUUAGAUAAAGAUCAGCCAUUUUGAGUUUCAGUCUAUACACACAGACUUCAGACUGUUUGUAAACGUUGGUAUCGGCCUGUGUUGUUUUCUGUAUUGAAUACAGACAGUACCAUUGUUUGGUUCAGAAAAUGACUGUUGUUCAGUACAGAGAUGAUUGUUGUUAUAAUGGACAGACAUUGUAUCCAAGACCGGGCAUGGAAAACCUUCUUACUAGCCUAGUAAGAUAGUAAAUUUGGCUUCAUGGAGUGUUUUUGAUCAGCAUUGGUUCUUGUCCUGUUAAGCUCUUGUCGAGAACAUCGCUUUUUUUUCAUUUAAGUUAAAAUCUUACACAAUGUCACAAUAACUUAUUUUCUUACACGAUGUCAAGAUAACUUACAUUCUCACAAGAUGUCAGAAUAAUUUUCAUUUUUAGAUGAUGUCAGAAUGACUUAACAAUCUUAAAUGAUGUCAAUUUCGGAUAAAGAGGGUUCAAUAUAUAUCGGGCAUUGUCGUGAUGGGUACAAGAGCAUUUUUUAUUUUUAGAAGAUGCAAUGUGUAUUUUUCAAUUUGGGCAUAUGGCAUUAUAAAGGACAUAUUACAUGUUGGAAAGUCUAAGAAAUAAUGAAAUGCUCAUAAUGAGUUUAUGAAACUUACUUAAUGUUAUAUUUGUUGUAUUUAUCUAAAUUCUUUAAAUAUAUUUCUCUUUUGAUGUUGUUGUGUGAUAUUUUGAAUCAUUAAAAUACAUGUUGUCUUAUUGUUUGGGCCCUUGCUUUGUGCCCCGUAACAGGGUUUAUUUUAUGCCCCCCUUCGAGGAAGAGUGGGUAUAUUGCUUUGCACAUGUGGGUUGGGUGUGGUUCGGGGGUCAUCAGGUCUAAGGUCAAGGUCACAGUGACCUUUAAUGGGGAAAAAUGUCAAAGCUUGUUCGAGUGAUAACUAACAAUGCCUGGACCUAGGCUCAUCAAACUUGACAUUGAGGCUUGGCCUGACAAUUAGAUAACCCCUAUUGAUUUUAGGGGUCAUUGGCUUAAAGGACAAGGUCACAAUAACCUUGAAUGCUUAAAGGUUGUCCUAGUGAUAACUCGACAACGCCUGCACUCAUGGCCCUCAGACUUGACUUUGAUGUUGGGCCUGACCAGUAGUUGACUCCUAUUGUUUUCAGGGUCAAAGGUCAAGGUCACAAUGACAUUGAACACAAACUCGACAUUUCCGGGACCUAUGGUAAUCAAACUUGACAUGAAGUUUGGGCCUGACCAGUCGAUGAUCCCUAUUUAUUUAACGGGUCAAAGGUCAAGGUCACAGAGACUUUGAAUGUGAAAAGGUUUUAGUGAUAUCUUGACAAUGCCUACAACCAUGGCCCUCAAACUUGACAUGAAGGUUGGGCCUGACCACUAGAUGACCCCUAUUGAUUUAUUAAGGUCAAAGUGACCUGCAACGCAAAAACCUUGCCUGUGUGAAAGCUCAAUAAUGCUUGUACCCAUGACCCUCAAACUUGACAUUUCGGUUGGGGGUGAUCAGUAGAUGUCCCCUUUGGAUCUUAAAGUCAUAAAGUUGAGGUCAAGGUCACAACUCUGGUCAUUAAAAUUACAUCAUAUCUACUCAAUUCCUGCUGCUAAGAGGAUACAUGUUUAUCUGCAAAGAUCAGUCAUUACCUGAGCAUAAUUAAAAUCUGUACCUACAAUCCCCACACUUUGAAUGAUCAUUAUCUUAAGCUGCCUCAAAAGGCAUCCAACGCCAAUGACAAAUCAGCUGUCAUUUUGGUCCAUGCAUAGUUCAUUCAAUUGUCCAAAUAUUCUUGACCUCAUGGGGGUGCAUAAUGUUUGACAAACAUCUCUUAUUGAAUAUUAGACUACUUAGCUUUUCCCUGUAUUUUUCAUUGUAUUUAUAUAUGAAUUCUUUAUCUACACUUUUUGCAUAUUAUAUUUAUAUAUAUAUGUGUAAGUUUUUUUCCUCACAAGUACACAAAAUGGAUGUUUUUCACAUAUAUCAAUAAUAGCUGUAUGUACUUCACAUAGAAAGUUAGCUACAGUUGGAUAAAUUGUGUCAAGUGAAAUACAAACUUAACGUUGGAGUUUAUUGUAAAGUCUUGUCUUUAAAAAGUUUCAUUUUGCCUACAAAGCUAUUUUGAAUUGUCUAUAUGUUUAAAAAGCACAUUCAACGAGUUAUAUUUCCGGAGUUAUAAUUUUUUGAUUGUAUUUAAAAUUUUAUUUAUAAAUUGUUAAAAUUAAAUAAAGUGUUUUGUUCAUUUAUAUCUCCUUUAUAUCUCCUUGUUAUUAUAAUGACUGAUGAAAUUUAUUCAGCCAUAAGUUAGACUGUUGGUAAUAGGGUACUUUAAAUAGUUCAGAGUAUAAAUUAUAACAAGUAAAUGAUAUAAUAUUUUUAACUUUGUCAUUUUACUAAAAAAAUAAUAUUGAAACAAAUUGUUCAAGCCUUUGUUAGAACACAGGCUCUUCUGUAUCUAUUGUGGUUUUUCAUGUUUCUUUCCUCAUAUCAGAAUCUUUUGAAGGACCCUCGAAUGUCUCUUUUUGUUUAUGAUUUGGUAAUGUUAAAGGGACUUGACACCAGAUGGUCCCAAAUCGGAAAAUACAGUAUUUUCUCAAAACAAGACUUAUAUAUAGCUCUAGACCUUUCAAUAUGAGCUAGUAUGAGGCCAAUAAUACACUAUUUUACUAGAUUGGAAUAAUAUUUUAUCGCUGUCACAGCUUACUUUACACGUUUAAAAAUAGCUCAUGAUGGUUUCCCAGUUUAUAAUGCGUAUAUUUACGGUAGUCUGUAAAGGUCCCGUUAUUAGUACAGAUACAAUUACCGACGCUAUUUUUAAUUUUACUAGGAUUUACGUGGUAGUCAAACCCAGUAAAUUUCGCAUUGAAAAAUUAUGCAAAAACGGCGAAAGAUACAUUUGUCGUAAGCCAUGUGACACAUCAGUGAGUAAGAGUCAAUGCGUUGUACACAACGAUUAUUAAUCAAUUUAAUGUAAUUUUUUGACAUUUUUUCUUCUUUUUUUCUUAUUCUGGUAUCAUCUGGUGCUAAGUCCCUUUAGUUGUCAUAGAUAAGAUAUUGUAAACAAAGAAAUCAUUAUUAAAAUUAUGUCAUAAUUUAGAAUUAUAUUAAAUGGAAUAUUAAUUAGAUUUACCUGCCUGUUUAUUAUACUUAUUUCAGUUAUUUUACCACUGUGUAAUAUGUUAAAUAAAUGAUUGUUA